CUCCAUCCCCCGUCCUCCUGCCAUCCCGGCAGCCAUGCCCCCCGGGACCCCGGGUGGGGGCUGAGCGCGUGGGUCCGGGCCCCCCGCCCCCGGGCAGCAGCAUGCCGUCCCCCAGCGAGUCGGGGCGGUGGCUGAGCGUGCGUUCCGGCGAGGGCGGGGGCGCGGGGGGCCGCGGGCUGACGCACCUGGGCCUGCCCCGGCCGUGGGUGCGGGCCCUGCUGGGGCUGGGGGUGGCCCAGCUGGUCCUGGGGGUCCUGGUGGCCGCCGUCAGCCUCCUGGCCGCCUCCUUCACCGCUUCCCACAAGAUGCAGCGCUCCUGCCCGUCCUGGGCCGGCUUCUCGCUGACCCUGUCCGGCGUGGUGGGCAUCGUGUGCUGGAAGCGGCCUCUCACCCUGGUGAUCUCCUUCUUCUCCCUCCUGUCUGUCCUGUGUGUGGUGGUCAGCCUGGCCGGGGCCGUGCUCACCUGCAGGAACGCCCAGCUGGCCCGGGACUUCCACGACUGCCAGCUGCUCAAGGGCGUGUGCGUGUGCUGCCCUCCGCCUCCGCUGCCCCGGGACUGCCUGCCGGGGGGGCAGGCCCUCAGUCUCUACCCCAACCCCAACUGCCCCGGGGCACCCGUGGCCUUCAAGGACCUGCUGUUCAGCGUCUGCGGCCUGACGGUGUGUGCCACGGUCAUCUGCUCCCUCUCGGCCGUGGUCUGCUGCGUCCAGAUCUUCUCCCUGGACCUGGUGCACACGCUGGCCCCGCAGAGGUCGGGCUCCACGCCCCUGGGCUGGGUAUCUCCGCCCGCCCCGCUGCUGCACACCAUGCUCGACCUGGAGGAGUUCGUGCCGCCUGUGCCCCCGCCCCCCUACUACCCGCCCGAGUACACCUGCAGCUCCGAGACCGACGCCCAGAGCAUCACCUACAACGGAUCGAUGGACAGUCCGGUGCCCCUGUACCCGACCGACUGCCCCCCAUCCUACGAGGCCGUCAUGGGGCUGUGUGGCAGCAGCCAGGCGACGCUGUUCGACCCGCACCUGCACACCUGCACCUGUGACCGAGCCGCCUCCAUCGUCGACGUGUCCAUGGACGGCGGUUCGCUGGCGCUGUCGGGCAUCGGCGACAUCCCGGGGGACUCCAGCCCGUCGGAGGACUCGUGCCUGCUGGAGCUGCAGGGGUCGAUGCGGUCGGUGGACUACGUGCUGUUCCGCUCCAUCCAGCGCAGCCGGGCCGGCUACUGCCUCAGCCUCGACUGCGGCCACUGCGGCCUGCGCGGCCCCUUCGAGGACCGGCCGGCGGCCCCGGGCCCGCGCCCGCCCCGCGCCGCCCGCUCCUACUCCUGCUCCGCCCCCGCCCCGCCGCCGCCGGCCGGGAGGGCCCCGGCCCCCGCCGCCGCCCGCAGCUGCCACCGCCUGGAGGCCGCCGCGCCGCCCUGGCCCGGGCCCUGCUUCCCCGAGCUGCGACGCCGGGGCCCCCGCGGGGCCCCCACCGGGCCCGGGCCCGGCCCCAGGGGGACCCCCCGCCGCUUCAGCGACAGCUCGGGCUCCCUCACCCCGCCCGCGCGCUCGCCCCGGGCCCCCGACACCCCCACCGCCGCCGCCGCCUCCGCGCCGCCCGCCGCCCCGCUGCAGCGGGCCCACAGCGACCCCGGACUCUCCCACCCGCACCGCCACGCUGACUUCAGGGACUGUUAUACCAAAGUGCUGGAGGAAGAGUCGGCCUCCGUCUCCUCUGCGGACACAGGGCUCUGCUCGGACGCCUGCCUCUUCCGCCUGGGCCGCUGCCCCUCCCCGCGGCUGCUCCGCGCCCGCUCGGCCGAGAAGCGCCGCCCGCCGCCGCCCGCCUGGCGCAAGGGGCCCCUGGACACGCCGGACCCCCCGGACCCCUCGGGCGCCCCGGGCCCCGCGCCCGCCCACUCGCUGGGCGACCUGAAGGGAGGAUGGUCCGGGCGCGGCCUGGUGGCGCGGUUCCUCCACGUGUCCCGGCGGCGGAUGGACCCCGGAGCGCCCAAGCAGGUUCCCCAGAGCCCGUGGGUCCGGCCGAGCCGCGAGGAGCUGCACCUGCGGAGCUGCGGAGACCUGAGCUCCGGCUCUUCCCUGCGCCGGCUCCUCUCUGCCCGGAGGCUGGACCGCGCCAGCCGCCCCCACAGCCUCAACGGGGGCAGCCGGGAGAGCGGCCUGUGACCCCCGCCGAGGGGGUCGGGGACGGGGUCGGAGGGGCCGCCAGGCCGCACCCGCCCUCCCUUCUGUGCGGGCCGAAGAGAACCCCCACCCCUUUCUCUCUGCACCCCCUCUCACGCCCCCCGGAAUG